AUGUGUUCCCCAUCGCCUGGUAAACGACGAAUAGAUACCGAUGUUAUCAAACUAAUUGAAUCAAAACAUCAGGUUACGCUCAUAUCUGGUCUCAAUGAGUUUAUGGUCAAAUUUGCCGGACCACAUGAAACCCCCUAUGAAGGUGGCGUAUGGAAUAUUCGAGUCGAUCUGCCCGAUAAAUAUCCCUUCAAAUCGCCCUCCAUCGGUUUCAUGAACCGAAUCUUUCAUCCGAACAUCGAUGAAAUGUCCGGCACUGUUUGUCUCGAUGUGAUUAAUCAAACGUGGACACCUAUGUAUGAUCUUGCCAAUAUUUUUGAAUCUUUUCUUCCACAACUACUUGCCUAUCCAAAUCCGGUGGAUCCGUUAAAUGGUGAUGCUGCAGCUCUAUAUCUUCACAAACCUGACGAUUACAAGAAAAAAGUGCGAGAAUAUGUUCAACGAUUUGCGACAGCUGCAAUGGCAGAAAGUUUAGCGGCAACGAUCAACGGUCAACAAUCAUCGACAAAUUCAACGAAUGACACAAACAAUUCCAAUCUAGCAAACAAAAAUGAAUCAGACGAUGAAGUAUUAAGUGAUUUCAGUGAAGACGAAGCUGCGAACAUGGAUUUAGAAUAA